CAAAAAGUGAACCACGUGACUAUACAACUUGCCAUGUUUGUUUACAUUUAGCAGAUCGUCAUUUUUACUAUUGGAGCUUUUUAUACAUUUAAAGAAAGAAGUAUUACGUUAACAUCAGGAUAAGACAUAGACAAUGUUGCAUCUGAUCACUGAGAUAGGAAAACCCGGGAGAACAGAGCGAGAGAAAAAGCACUUUCCAGAUCUUCAUAAUGUUCCCGGAGAAAGGCCAAGGCAAAUACCAAGGGGUAGAGUGUAUAUACCUCAUGGUACAUCUUCUAAGGAUGAUACAGAUUGGCAACCCCAUGCUCAGAUGUUACAACCAAGACCCAGUGCCUUGCAAAGCGAUGGGCCAAUCUCUUUUACCUUUACGCUGGUACGCUUAGAAGUCAGGUAUACAGAAGCCGGGCCUGACUGGAACUCAAAACUUCGGUACUUAGAACCAAAUCACAGCGACGAUUACCCUGCAGAGCCUAUCUUUCCUGAAAAUUGGAAGUCCCUGAGACCAAACGCAGAAAGAUGGCGUACAGGUAGAGAUGAGUGGGUAUUUUAUGACAAUGGAUACAAUAGAGGGCGCCGUUGUAUAAUAAAUAAUGAACAUAAAAGCAGUAAUGAAUCCAACAGAGAAAUAACACAUACUGAACUUUUUGGGUGCAAUAGAAAAUUUCCAAAUGUGAUGACAAAACGUGGUGCUAUUUGGAGAGCGGCGCCGGGAGACAAGAGUUAUCAAGUUUCAGAAUAUUCUCCCAGUUUUCAUAAAAUUGGCAGUACUAGACCAGUGGUGAACUUUGGGGGAGAACCAUCAGACAAGCCUGAUACGUUUGUUCCACUGCAGAAUAUAUCAUACGGAAGAAGGGAAACGUUUAGCCAGAAAGAGAAACGAGAAAGAUAUGAGAAUGAAAUCACUCGUGUGAGGGACCUUGACCAUUGGCAGCCAGCGACACCUUUAUCAGAAACUGUAACAAAGGUGGAGAAAGAAAAAUAGAUGUCUCAGGGUCACAGUUUGUCACGGUGAAGAACCAACUUAUGUCACGGUAGAAACAACCGUUCGAUGUAAUAAUAUAUGCCACAAUUUCAAGAGCUAGAAGAAUACUAGAAUUAUUUACACAAGUAUUAUUCAAUAAAUUUUAUUUUUAUAAGAAAAUUA